ACAAGAGUGUUGAGAGAAGAGCGACCAUCGAGUAAGAUAGUAACUAUAGCAGGCUACUCCGUGAUUAAGGAGAGAACCGAACUCUACGAGUCCUCUGUUUUCGAAGCUGCUGGUUACAAAUGGAGGUUGUUAAUGUACAUGAAUGGUAAUAAAAACGACGGUGGAAAUGGCUAUAUAUCACUAUACGUGAGGAUGGAAGAGACCGAAUCGCUUCCAUAUGGUUGGGAAGUCAACGUUGAUCUCAAACUAUUUGUCCACAAUCCAAAGCAACACAAGUACUUGGCUGUCACAGAUGGAGCAGUCAAGAGAUUCACCGCGGCGAAAAAAGAGUGGGGAUUCGGACAGUUGAUUUCCCUCGCAACGUUCCAAAACGCGAACCAGGGGUACAUUGUGCAGGACACAUGUUCUUUUGGUGCUGAGAUCCUCAUCGUUAAACCGGCCGAGAAACAAGAGAAAGUCACAUUUAUAUCAAACCCACCAAACAAUGUUUUCACUUGGAAGAUUCUUCGUUUCUCCACCUUGGAAGAUAAAUUCUACUAUUCUGAUGAUUUUCUCGUUGGAGACCGUUACUGGAGAUUAGGAUUUAACCCGAAAGGGGAUGGAGAUGGCAGACCACAUGCACUUCCAAUCUACUUAUAUGCUCAAGGCUUUAGGCCAAACGCAGUUGUUACAAACACUUGGGGAGCGGUUAAUCUACGAUUAAAGAACCAACGUAGCUCCAACCACAGGCAACUAUAUUCUGCAGCUUGGUACCCGAUUCGAAGCGAUUAUGGUGUGGGAGUGAACAAUAUCAUAUUGAUG